AUGACGAUUGGUGAUGUCACGUCGCUGCUUAUGUAUAGUGCCCUUGUGGGAGGUUCUUUGCAGAGUUUUACCACCAGCUUUGCCGAUAUUCAAAAAUGCAUAGGAGCCGCUGUUAAUCUAGCGGCAUACAUUGAACCUGAUCAAGAUAGGACGAAACGGUCCUACGUCCCCCUAAAACCAGUCGCUCCGCAAGUAGAGUUCAACAGGGUCUCGUUCAUAUAUCCAGCAAGGCCAGAGUGCCCUAUUUUGAGAGAUGUUUCAUUCGUGCUACCGGCAGAAAGAACUUUAGUGGUUCUGGGUGAAAGUGGCUGUGGAAAGAGUUCCAUCCUCCAGUUGCUGCUAGGUCUUUAUACUCCUAACUCAGGUUCCAUCUAUAUCGAUGGCAAUGAGAUGAGCGAUAUUGAUAUCAAGGAAUUAAGAUCAAUGGCUACGCUUUUUGAUGACACCAUCAGGAACAACGUACUAUAUGGGCAAACGGGCGCUGAGGAUAAACUAGUUGAGGCAUACAAACGUUCUGGACUUCUUAACAUAAUGAGUGACCUACCCGAUGGAGAUAACACUGUGGUUGGUCAAAUGGGUAAAGGGUUGAGCGUUAUCACCUUGGGAUUGAGAAGAAUGUCCACCAGCUGUUGCGCCGCUACCUUGAAACUCUGCUUAUCUGCUGAGUCAACUACGAACACCAGCGACUUGGCCUUUUCAAUAUGUUUCAUGGACUCGGGCAACAAUCUGAAGUUACCAGGUGUGUCAACAACUGAAACUGAUUUAUUCCCCAAGUUCAAUGAUAACCUGUUGACCGAUUGCGAUGUUUGCGAUUCCACGUGCUUGCCCCUUGCCAAAUACAACAACAAUGAAGUCUUGCCGCCAGCACUUGGGCCACAGAAAACGACGCUUGCACUUGAUUUAUUCGCACUGAACGAGAAGUAG